AUGGGGGAACCAAAACCAUUGGACAUGACAAGUCAAGAUGUCGUAGGCCAAGGAUAUACAGACGAUGGCGACAUCAUUGGCGAUGUCCUCAGCACCACCGAGGACAUGCGGGACAUGCGCCGAUUGGGGAAGAAGCAGGAGUUUCGACGCAACUUUCAAUUCCUCAGCACGCUCGGCUUCGUGAGCAUCUACAUGGCCACGUGGGAGUUUGUACUUGUGUCGUUGAGCGUCGGGUUUGCCAAUGGAGGGUUUGGCGGACUUUUCUGGUGCUUCAUCACGACCGUCUUGUGCUACUCGACCAUUGUCGCUAGCCUGGCCGAAAUGGCCUCCAUGGCUCCCACUGCAGGCGGGCAGUAUCACUGGGUGAGCGAGUUUGCGCCACCGAGCGCGCAGAGAGUGUUGAGUUAUGCGAGCGGCUGGAUGUCUACGCUGGGAUGGCUGGCCAGCGUUGCAAGCAGCAACUAUGUCGUCGCGCUGCAAAUCGAGGCCAUGAUAGAGGUUUUGCAGCCGGACUUUGUGUUUGAAAACUGGCACCUCACAUUGAUCAUGUGGGCCUUCAUCGGUGUGACCAUCGUGUUCAAUACUUGGGGAGCCCGAGUGUUGCCUGCUCUGGAGACGGCAAGUUUGAUCGGUCAUAUUGCCGGAUUUUUCGUAGUCAUGAUUUCGCUUUUAGUAUUAUGUCCCAAGAAUAGUGCCCGCGAGGUCUUUACUGAUUUCCAGAGCAGUAGUGGUUGGAGCAUUGGCAGUGCGUACCUCAUCAGCCAAGUGACGGUCAUGUAUUGCAAUCUUGGAUCAGACUCGGUGGUACAUAUUUCUGAGGAGGUUCAAGACGCCUCCUUGAUUGUGCCGAAAUGCAUGUGGUAUUCUUACAUUGGCAACGUCAUUCUGGGUAUAACAAUGCUCAUUACAAUGCUCUAUUGUCUUCCAGAAUUGGGGCAAGUCGUCGACUCGGACGUGCCGUAUCUCAUUCUCUUCAACAACACAGGCUCUCCUGCGCUAUCAAUAGUGCUCAAUGUCAUACUUUUCCUGCUUAUUUAUUCGGGAAAUAUCACUGCACUUGCAACCUGUGCACGAGAAGUCUUUGCGUUUGGUCGAGAUAGAGGAUUGCCAUGGUCGAGGGUUGUGAGCAAAAUGGAUCCAAAAUACCACGUACCCAUGAACGCAGUCUACAUCACUUCCGUACUUGUUGCAAUCCUGGCUCUGGUUCAGUUGGGUUCCACUGUCGCAUUCAACACCAUUGUCUCGCUCUCCGUACUUGGCCUUUUGAGCACGUACUUGAUCAGUAUCGGCAGUGUCUUGUGGAUGCGUAUUAAGGGUCAAAAACUGCCUCCAGCAAGAUGGAGUCUGGGUCGUCUUGGUCUGCCCGUCAAUGCAUUUGCCGUCUUUUAUUGCGCCUUUAUUAUCAUCUUUGCCAGCUUUCCGACUGCUGUUCCCGUGGAUACGGAAAGUGCCAACUGGGCUCCUGCGGUCUGGGUCGGUGUCAUUAUCAUCUCCGGAGUUGUCUAUAUGGUGCACGGAAAGCAGCAUUACCAGGCGCCUGUUGAUUUCGUUGAAGGCCGCAAAGCUCCUGGCAUAGGCCUGCAGUCAUCAUAA